AUUUGGUCUUAUAGUAUCCUUGCUUUUUAUUGAUCACUGUGAGUUUGAAAUCCUUCCAAGAGGACAUAGAGAAUAAUCUCAUCGCCUCAAAGAAAAAUUGUUGCUUCUACUCGUCUACAUUAUAGUUGAAGAUCUGAAUAAGCAAAAACAAUUGAAAAUCUAACAACAGCUCAGAAAAUCAACAGCAAAAAAGUAUAAAAAAGGAUACUUCAAUAUCAUUCAAAACGAAAUCAAUACAAUAAAUCAAGUUAUCAAUAAAUCAGUAUACCCCUCGUGUUAGUACUGUCCUAGAUCGUAUAUUGUACUAUAUCACAGUAUUAGCAUAUACCGUUACUAUCACUUCAAUGUUACUACAAAAGUAUCAUCAUCCGGUCACUAUUCAUCACAUUUCAUAACUCCUUUACACAAUAGUAUUGUCUCAUACUACUAUUUCUAUAUCACAAGAUCACCUCUACUAUAUCACGUAAUACAAAAUGCUGGACACUAGCAACCAUCUUCCCCAGCGGUUGAUCUCUUUGGUGGUCUCCAUCUUCAUUUGUUUGGCGUCAGGGACACCCUACUUAUAUGGAGUUUAUUCUCCGCAACUAGUCCAGAGAGUUGGGCUUACCACAUCUGAUUCGGCUACUAUUUCCCUUGCUUCUAAUAUCGGUUCCGGUGUUGGUGGUUUGCCUGGAGGAUUGAUGAUAGAUCACUUUGGCCCCCAGAUCUCCAUCUUGGUCGGUUCUAUUUGUAUCUUUAUUGGCUACUUUGUGUUGUACAAAAUCUACCAGCACAAAUACGAUAGUCUUUUCUUCAUAUGUAUUUCUAUUGCAGCUAUGGGCUUUGGCUCUAUUACAUCGUACUUUGCUACGCUCAAAGCUGCCCAGGCAAAUUUCCCCAAACAUCGUGGUGCUGCGGGCGCUUUUCCUGUGAGUUCUUAUGGAUUGUCGGCUACUCUCUUCUCUGUGAUUGCCGCUACUUUCUUCAAAGACAAUACUGGUGGCCUUUUAGAGUUCUUGGCAAUGUUCUGCGGCAUCGUAGCCUUCCUCGGUUCAUUCUUCAUCCACAUCUACUUGGAUCACGAAGAUGAAGAACCUGAUAUUGAAUCCCACAAGUUGGCUAGUUCUGAAGAGGAAGCUGCUAUGAUGGAAUCUUCAAAUUCGUCGCCCACUGUAGUGGAAGAGAUUGAACAACCAGGAGCUACAGCUGCAAAAUUAGAAAGAUCAGACUCUUUACCAGGUUCGUUUAGAUUCUGGGGUCUAGGCUCACGUACUCCCAGAUCUUCUGUCUCAUCUUCACAGGAAGAUAUGCAGCCGAUUCUCCAGAAUAUCAGAGAUCAAAACAGAUUGCAACAACAAUCUUCAAGCACAAACAAUAACAAUCCCUUUUUAUCGCCUCCAAGAACUUCCUUUCAAAUCAUUAAGGAUAGGUUAACUGAUAAGAUUUUCUUGACGCACUACUUCAUUGUCUCUAUCAUUAGUGGAAUGGGCCAAACGUAUAUUUAUACUGUAGGAUUCAUUGUCACUGCCCAAUACUACUACCAUAAAGAUCAACUUGACUCUGUUUCAACAGUUGAUACAACUCCCAGAAGUGGAAUAGCCGGAGUUCAUGCUAAGAUUGCAUCGUCCGCUGCAGCCUUGCAGGCACUACAAGUUUCCAUCAUCUCAAUUGGAUCUUUUUCCGGUCGUUUAUUCUCUGGAUUUGUCAGUGACUUCAUUCACAAGAAGUAUCAUAUCCAGCGUUUGUGGAUUGUAGUAGUCACAAUUAUAAUUCUUAGUGUUGGACAGUUCAUCACAAUCACUAACGUCAACAGUGCCCAUUUGAUUAGUAUCUCUUCUGCAAUUAUCGGUGGUAGUUAUGGAUUGGUGUUUGGAACGUACCCAGCAGUUGUAGCUGAUUCGUUUGGUACAAAAACCUUCUCCACUACUUGGGGUCUUAUCUGUACGGGACCUUUGAUAACUUUGUUUUUCCUCAACAAGUACUUUGGAUACAUUUAUGAUGCCAAUACCGAUUCCAAAACAGGAAUAUGCUACAAAGGCAAUGAAUGUUAUAAAGGAGCGUACGAGCUCAGUUUUUUAUUAUGUUUUGUUGUUUUUAUCACGUCUCUAGUAAUCAUUUAUGUACAAAGGAAAAAACAAUAGGGUCACAAUAUAUAGAAGUUAAUUACAUGAAAUAAAUAUAUAUACAAAACCUUGG